CGUAAGAUUACAUCUAAUCACAUUUCUUAAGUCAUUCAGAUCCUAAAGUAAAGCAACCGUAAAAGAACAAAAACAACAACAAAAUGUUACCAUAAAUCCCCAUUCAAUUUUGUUGUUUUUCACCCAUCAGUUCAAAUUCCGGGACCAGAAAGCAACAUUUUGCGGCCAUUAAUGCAGAAAUAGGCUCUUCAUGUGUUUGAGCAAGUUUCAGUAAUCAUUUCUUCCUCCUCUUCACGCUAUAUAUGAAACUCACCAUGCUUUUUCCAACACCCUCCAAUUUCUGGGUUGGUUAAAAACCCAAUGGACGUAAAUUUCGCCCACCAAGAACAAGAGAGAGUGCCAAUUCGAUUUCGAAACCACUCGCUCAAGCUUUGUCUUCCUAAUUUGGUGAACCACGAUUGUUCGAACCCAUUCUCCAUUUUGCGCCGCUGGGUUUGGAAAUCUGCUCGAAAGGUGUUCCCAAGCGGGUUCUGCUGCAGAGGGCUCGAAUACAAGGGAAUGGUGGUGAAUAACUCCACGUUUUGUUCUUCCCCAGCGUUUCUGGAAGAAGUUGCGAUGGAGAUUCGGGUUGAGGACAAAGAAGGGAAGGAAGAGAAAUGUGAUAUGUUUGGUAAUGCCCAUAAGGUGUUUGAUGAAAAGCGUGGGGAUGGGGAAAGCGCUUCUAGUUCUAGUUCUGAUUUGUUGACAUCUGAGGCAACGGGGAGUCAUGAUGAAGAGUCAUCUUCAUCAACUUUAAUGGGCUGGCCUCUUAAUCAGACGGUUGGUGAAGAGGGUGGCGGUGAUAAACUCCAUUUUGACGACAGGGAGCUGGAGAGAGAAGCAUCAUCAGUGUCAGAGAUGGAGAUAAUGGAGAGGUUUUCAAAGCUGCUGCUGGGUGAAGACAUGUCAGGCUGUGGAAAUGGAGUCUCUACUGCUUUGGCUAUUUCUAAUGCCAUUACCAAUCUUUGCGCCACUCUGUUUGGGCAAUUAUGGAGAUUAGAACCGUUGGCUGCAGAGAGAAAAGGCAUGUGGCGAAGGGAGAUGGAAUGGUUACUGUGUGUUAGCAAUCACAUCGUCGAGCUGAUUCCCGUUUGGCAGACAUUCCCAGAUGGAAGCAAACUUGAGGUUCAAUUCAAAAUAUCCAAAUAUCUUUUUACCAAAUUCCUCUCUCUACAACUUUUCUUUAUCUUCUUUCUUUUGGCUGAUCAGAUAAUGACUUGCCGGCCCCGUUCAGAUCUUUACGCCAACCUCCCAGCCCUCCGUAAAUUAGACCACAUGCUGCUCGAUAUAUUGGACAGUUUUGUUGAUUCGGAGUUCUGGUACGUUGAUCAAGGGAUUCUCGCCGCAGAGGCCGAUGGGUCCUCUUUCCGUAAGCUUCUGGAGCGCCAAGAAGACAAGUGGUGGCUUCCGGUCCCUCGAGUCCCCAGUGGAGGCCUUUCUGAAGCUUCGAGAAGGCAGCUGCAGCACAAGCGCGACUGCACCAACCAAAUUCUCAAAGCCGCCAUGGCUAUCAACUCUGUUACUCUGGCUGACAUGGAUGUCCCUGAUUCUUAUCUUGAGGCCCUUCCAAAGAAUGGAAGAGCGAGCUUGGGAGAAGGGAUUUACAGGCACAUAUCGUCAGAUGAAUUUUCCCCUGUUUGCUUACUGGAAUGUCUAGACAUGUCCUCGGAGCACCAAGCCAUAGAGAUAGCCAACCGAGUUGAGGCCGCUAUGUAUGCAUGGCGCAAAGGAAUGGGCUCAAAACCAACCAAUAAUUCAUUGCGUUCGAGCGCAAAGUCGUCGUGGGAAAUGCUGAAGGAGCUGGUGAUUGAUGCAGACAAAAGCGAGCUGUUUGCAGAAAGAGCAGAAUCUGUACUAUACUGCCUCAAGCAACAGUUCCCAAAUCUCCCUCAAACAAACCUUGACAUGAGCAAAAUCCAGCACAACAAGGAUGUGGGCAAGGCUAUUUUGGAGAGCUACUCGAGAGUGUUGGAGAGCUUGGCGUUUAACAUCGUAGCCCGUAUUGACGAUCUGCUUUAUGUGGAUGAUUUGGCGAAGCAUUCAGAUGAAAUUCCAAGGAUUUCCCAAUUGGGAAUCGUUGCUCAUAAUACCAGUAAUCGGAUCCAAUUCUCGGUGCCAUUUUCCAGCUCCCCUUAUACCACAACAUUUACAAAGCCCAGCUUCUCGCCGAUUCCGAUCAUCAGCCAAACUCCGCAUCGUGGUAUUGGCGUAAACAAUGAGUCAAUAGACAAUGUAGCGUCCAUGAAGGGAUGUGGUAAUUUCAUUGAAAAGUUGGAUUUAGUAGCUGAAAUAGCUGAAGAUGAAGGAUCAGAAAGAUCUAAAUUUGGCAAAACCCAAGAUUUUAGUAAAUGCGGAGACAGCAUAAUGAACUGACCAUACAUGGUUCCCCGAUAAGAUUAAAUCUCUAAGUUUGGUCGUCGGAGUUACAGGUACAAAUUAAUCUUUAAUUGUAUACAAAGGUCAAAGGGAAGCUAUAUUUUUCCCUUGUGUAAAUUUGUCUUGUGUGGCCUGGAGUGGUAGAACUUAAGAGGCUGUAUAUUUUGUAUAUUAUGAAUUUACAUGUUUAAUCAACAAGUCGUUGUAGUAUAGUGGUAAGUAUUCCCGCCUGUCACGCGGGUGACCCGGGUUCGAUCCCCGGCAACGGCGUAUUUGUACAAUUUUUAAU